AUGUUUCGUAACUGCGCUCAAUCGGUUUUGAAGUUGUCAUCUCGUUCAACACCCCGCUUGUUCCUCAGAGCACAGUCGACCAAUGCGCUCACCAACACGCAGGUCCCUUUUACAUUCUCUAAGUCAGGUCCCCUGGCUGUGAAGUACACGUCGCAGCACGAAUGGAUUGCAGCCCACGAGGACGGCACCGCAUUCGUUGGAAUCACAAAAUACGCUGCGGACGCGCUGGGUGAUGCCACAUACGUCGAGCUUCCAGACGUCGACACUGAAGUAGAGGCUGGUGACUCGCUAGGGUCGCUGGAGUCAGUCAAGUCUGCGUCCGAGAUAUACUCCCCAUUGGCAGGCACUGUGGUCGAGGUGAACGAGACGCUGAACGACUCUCCUCAGCUGAUCAACGAGGAUCCUAUGGGUGAAGCUUGGCUCGCCAAGCUCAAGCUAAGGAGCUUGGACGACUUGAGUAACGACGAUCUUAUGUCUCUGGAGCAGUAUGAGGGGUCUCUCAAGGAAGACCAACACUAG